GGGAGCGCUUUGUCCGGAGGGGCAGUUGCGAGAGGGCGCCGAGGAGGCGUUUGUCGGCAGGGGGCCUUCCCGGGGAAUAACUCCCGAAAGCGUCGGGCGGCGGCGCUUCCCCCAGCGGCCCCCUUCCCCCAGCGGCCCCGGGAUGGACGCCUUGGCCGUCGAGCUGCUCAGCAGCCGAGCGCUCAAGGAAGUGUGCGCCUCGGGCGGCUGCCUGACCCAGACGGAGCUGGCCCGGCGGCUGCACCUGCGGGACGAAUCCACACGCCUGGCCCGGGUGCUGCAGGAUGCGAGGAGGUUCGCGCUGGUGGCCCGCGAAGAGCCGGCGGCCGGGAAGGGAGACCUGCGGGUCGUGGUGGGCGCCACCGAGGCGCGGCUGUGCGGGGAACAUGGCGGGGGCGCGUGUGCCGGGCAGUGCGGGCAGCUCCACCUCUGCCGCUACUUCGUGUACGGGGGGUGCCGGCACCAGGGCACCAGGAAACAGUGCAAAUUCAUCCAUGACAUUCAUUCUCUGCAUAAUCUGAGUGUCCUAAGAGAACACGGGCUGGAAAGUUUGAUCAGUGAAGAAUUAUGCCUGCUGCUGCUUCAGAAUGACUCUUCCCUCCUGCCUGAGAUAUGCACAUACUAUAAUAAAGGGGAUGGGCCCUUUGGGUCUUGCACCUUUAAGAAGAUCUGCAUCAAACUUCACAUAUGCCAAUACUACCUCCAGGGGACGUGCAGGUUUGGGAAUGACUGCAAACGCUCACACAACAUUUUUGACUCUGAAUGUUAUGAGAAGCUGGAGAAGUGGGGAAUGAACUCACUCUUGAUCAGUAAGCUUCCUGUGAUCUACAGGAAUAUGUACGACAUCAAAAAUAGCACAACACCAAGUUGCAAAGAAAGAAAGAGCACAGGUCGCACCCCAUCGAAGUCAAAUAGCACUGAAGAUUCAGAUACAAUUUGCUUGUACCACAUUAGAAAAAGUUGUAGCUUUCAAGAUAAAUGUAUCCGAGUUCAUUUCCAUUUGCCAUAUAGAUGGCAACUCUUUGAUGGUAUCACAUGGACAGAGCUGCCUAACAUGGAAGACAUUGAAAAGCACUACUGUGACCCCUUUAAUGAAAGCUUUGCCUACGGUGUUGACAGAAAACUUGGUACAGUCAUUGAUUUCUGCAAAAUGACUUCAGGCUCUGCUCAAGUUAGACGCCUCUCCACAGCAUCCUCUGUGACUAAGCCUCCUCACUAUAUUCUUACAACUGAAUGGCUCUGGUAUUGGAAAGAUGAUUAUGGAGUGUGGCAUGAAUAUGGGAAGCAGGAUGUUGACCACGAUGCUGCCUCAGUAUGCAGCCUUGACCUUGAGAAAGCCUAUCAGGCGGAAGUGUCUCCAACACUCACUUUCACAGCAAAGAAUCAGAGUUAUGAGCUUGAUUUCAAAGCCAUGAAACAGAAAAACCUGCGUUACCGGACCAAACGAGAUGUCCGUAGGCGACCCAAGUUUGUGUCCCUAAAAGAAAUAGAGAAGAAGAAAACCAGUGGGGCUGACCUAUCAAAGGAAGGAGCUGCAAACAUUCCUGCUCAUUGGGACCAAUCAGCCUUACCAGAACUGGGAUAUAAGCUGAUCACCCUUCUCUCAUCAUCGAACGAGUACAGAAAGGUCCAGGUUAACUUUGAACGCACAAUGUCCAAGGCAAAAAUUAGAGGGAUCAAAAGAAUUCAGAAUCUGGCUCUCUGGGAAGUGUAUCAGUGGCAGAAAGAACAAAUGAAGAAGGCAAAUGGAGGAAAGGAUGUAGAUGAAAGGCUGCUGUUUCAUGGGACAAGCAACAAUCAUGUUGAUGCCAUUUGCCAGCAGAACUUUGACUGGAGGAUCUGUGGAGUUCAUGGUACAGCCUAUGGCAAAGGAAGUUACUUUGCAAGGGACGCUUCAUAUUCUGAUAACUACUGCAAAAACGAGUCCAUCUCCAAGACGAUGUUUCUGGCACGGGUAUUAGUGGGGGAGUUUACCAGUGGUAAAUCUGUUUAUCUCCGUCCUCCUGCCAAAGACACCCAGAACUCUACUUUCUAUGACAGUUGUGUAAAUAGCAUCCAGAACCCAUCAAUCUUUGUCAUUUUUGAAAAGCAUCAGAUUUAUCCUGAAUACCUGAUAGAAUAUUCAACUUAGGUGGAACUUACUAUGGAGUAUCUAUUGCUUUUCUUUCUGGUCUACAGGCUACCUAGCAGAAGUCUAAACGAAGAUUCUUGUAUAAUCCAGCUAGUCCAUACUUCCAUGGAUUUUUUUUGUACUGUUCAUUUUGUGUAUGGCCACUCCCUACUGCAUGAAUUUUCAGUGCAUAUCUUCAUGGUACAGUGAGGCUAGAACGUAGCUGCAUAGAAUAGCAUUCCUUUUAAUAAUUUCUAGCACAAGUUUUGAAAUAUCUUUUGCUUCAUCUCUAUAGAUUGGAAUAUUUUUGCAGUCACGCAUAAGAAUCAUUCAUUUGGAGGUGGCUUGUCAUGAACACUUACUGUACAGGAGUUUCCCUAUAAAACCUCAGGUACAUAAGGCCACAAAUGUAAUAUAAGAGAGAGACAUUCCCAAGUUAACUUCUCCCCGUAUAUACAUUUCUUGAAGCUUAACAAGAGCAGCACAACUCUGGCACUUAUAAUGAUAGAGUAUCAUGAAUAUCGGAGACUUAGUUAUAAGUGAAUCAGUGUUGCCUUUAAGGAUCUAGAGUGUAACUGCUUGCCCUUUACCAGAAUUGCUGCUUCCCAUGAUACUUCUAGAACUUUCCUGCCUUUUAUUUUACUUGGGCUACUCAGAUUCCUUUGUCUACUACCUAAAGAAAUAGGCUAACUAGGACUUUUUUUCCUUGAAAUGUGUUUUGCAUUGAUUUUUGUAGCCUUUGUUGUGCUAUGCACUUUCCGUUUUAAAGAAAAGGCAGCAUUUGUAGUUUUUAAUGAAACUCCCAAUUUUUUUUUUAAAAAAAAUGUGCUCUGGCUACAGAGAAAGGAAGGUGACAGUCUGUGAUUGUGAUCUCUGCCUGAGUGGAAGCCUGUGUGCCUCUUGGACUAUUACUAGGCUUUUGAAGAGUCUAACUGAUCUGAUACUUGUAGUAUAGUUCCAUUUUAGUGCAACAGAUACAUUUAAGCUGCUGCCCUGGUAUGGAAAGUUGCUCAAGGUUUCUGUGGAUCUCCCUAACUAGAAACCCAUUUUAGCGGUAGAACCUUUUGACGUCUCGAAUGGUUAUCACUGGACUUACCCUUUUCUUGCAUUGUAGCUGAUUCCCCCCAAAUACAAAUAAAAGGAUUAUGAAUUUUAA